AUAAAUACCGCGGCCGGGACGGCGGCGCCGCACACCGCGAGCCCCGCGACCCUCCCCAGCGCAGCGCCCAGCGCCCUCUGCCAGCGCCUGCACUCCGCUCCGCACCCCGAAACCCGCAGCCCUCGACACCGGUUCCCUGCAGCCCGUCCCCUCGGCGGCCCCCGCACCCCGAGCGUCCGCCCAGGGCGGCGCGUCCCCGAGGCCGCCCGGCCGGUCCCGUCCACCAGAUUGACGCGCACAUCGGGGCGUCCGCGCGCGCGGCCAUGCCGUUCCUCGGGCAGGACUGGCGUUCCCCCGGGCAGAGCUGGGUGAAGACGGCCGACGGCUGGAAGCGCUUCCUGGAUGAGAAGAGCGGCAGCUUCGUGAGCGACCUCAGCAGCUACUGCAACAAGGAAGUAUACAACAAGGAGAAUCUUUUCAACAGCCUCAACUAUGACGUCGCGGCCAAGAAGAGAAAGAAGGACAUGCUGAACUGCAAAACCAAAACUCAGUAUUUUCACCAAGAAAAAUGGAUCUAUGUUCACAAAGGAAGUACUAAAGAGCGCCAUGGUUAUUGCACGUUGGGGGAAGCUUUCAACAGGCUGGACUUCUCCACCGCCAUUCUGGACUCCAGAAGAUUUAACUACGUCGUCCGGCUGUUGGAACUGAUAGCAAAGUCACAGCUCACAUCCCUGAGUGGCAUUGCCCAAAAGAACUUCAUGAACAUUUUGGAAAAAGUGGUACUGAAAGUCCUUGAAGACCAGCAGAACAUUAGACUAAUAAGGGAACUACUCCAGACCCUCUACACGUCCUUGUGCACCUUGGUGCAAAGAGUCGGCAAGUGCGUGCUGGUCGGGAACAUUAACAUGUGGGUGUACCGAAUGGAGACGAUUCUGCACUGGCAGCAACAGCUGAACAACAUUCAGAUCACCAGGCCUGCCUUCAAAGGCCUCACCUUCACCGACCUGCCUUUGUGCCUGCAACUGAACAUCAUGCAGAGGCUGAGCGACGGGCGCGACCUGGUCAGCCUGGGCCAGGUGGGCCCCAACCUGCACGUGCUCAGCGAGGACCGGCUGCUGUGGAAGAGGCUCUGCCUGUACCACUUCUCCGAGCGGCAGAUCCGCAAGCGAUUGAUUCUGUCGGACAAAGGACAGCUGGAUUGGAAGAGGAUGUAUUUUAAACUUGUGCGAUGCUACCCACGGAAAGAGCAGUAUGGAGACACCCUACAGCUUUGCAAACACUGUCACAUUCUUUCCUGGAAGGGCACCGACCACCCGUGCACAGCCAAUAACCCCGAGAGCUGCUCCAUUUCACUCUCUCCCCAGGACUUUAUCAACUUGUUCAAGUUCUGAAUCACAGCCCAGGACAACACUUCCGAAGGGCUCCCUACUGAUUGGAUGUCGGGAAUACAGAGUUUGGACACUUCAUUUGUAAAUAGUGUACAUUUUAAACAUUGGCUCGAAGCUUCUGAGAUAAGUCACGGAGAGGACACUGGAGGGGAGAGACAGUCACUGGCUGGGAACUUAAGAAUAUGGACUUCUCAUUAGAAUUGGUAUGGAAAGCAGAAAUACUGUAAAUAAACUUUAUUUUCCCUAACAAUUUGCCAGCAAGACUAUAAGGGCAGGAGUUCCGUGUCAUCGGUGAAAAUGGAAUUCUCUUGAUGGUCACGGGAACUCCUGUAUAUAGAGUUCCUCAGAGAUGCGGAAGAAGAGGGCAAAACUCGAAUACAAGAUAGAACACGCUCUGUUUACAAUGUGAAAAUGUGUUUUAAAAAGAAAGAAGAAAAACUGCAGAUGAGAAAUCCCUGGGCUUUUGGGUUAGAUUUUGGGUUAGCUUUGAAGAGGCAACGGAAGUACCACCCAUCUUAACCCCCCACGGGCACACAUAGGGCCUUAUCUUAUGAAGAUAUCACACAAUAGUCUACCUCGGAAAGCAUACAGCGAUCUCUCUGACACAGUGCGUCGUCCAGUAGGCAGUGUCUGUUCGUCUCGUUUUCUCAUCAGAUAAAAAGUGAUUGAAAAUGGGCAGGGGUCUUGGAGGCAAUCCUCAUGAUGCUCCUUGGGAGGAGAAGGGGGCAGUCUUCAGAGUUGCCUCUUUACUAGAACAACCUCACAACAUGCAGGCCUCUUACCCUUUUGUGUCAUAGCUCAUUCAGGGCAACAGAAGGCCAGUUAAAAACCAGCCCAGAGGAUGUCCGAUCACAGAAAAGAUAGAAUUAGUCGCACCCUGCUGUGAAGACUUUCUUACUCCUGUUUAAUUUCGCGGCAUGUCUGCUUCCUGGGGCAUCUUCUCGGAUAAGCGUCAGCGUAUCUCUGUGGACUGGUUGGAGCCAGAGGGCUGAUAAAGGCCUGUGAAGCAGGUUUGACAUGUCAGUGAAACCCUUCCUCUUGAUGGGUGAUGAGCUGAGGAGCUUUCUUUUCAUUACGCCCCACGUCUAAAUGUGGUCGACCUGAGCGAGGGCGUCUUGCAGGAUGAUAAACUAAAGCCUGGAGUUCCAGCCCAAUAGGGAACAGAGAGGCUUCGAGUUCAUCCUGAACAUGCUUUGUACCCCAGGGCAUCUUGCUAGGCCAAUACCAGUAGGUAACUGCGUGGGAGAAAAGUCUCAGGAUGUCAUGAGUUCAUUAUCAAAUAUUCCUGGGAUAGGGUGGGGAGUGUUUUCGUUUUUUACUUUUUAUAGAACUUUGCUUUUCUACAAUAAUGUACAUAUUUUUGCCAUUGUAUUUGCUUUGCCUUUUUUUUUUUUUUCUCUUGUAAAUAAAGUUGCCACCCUGCA